GAAACACAGCUGGAUGGAUAUAUGAAGCUCUAGAUGCGUUCGAUUGUCUCUCAGCGAUAAUCUGCGUUGUCGACUUUAUGUUUUGUAGUCUGCACUCUGCACUCUGCACUCUGCAGUCUACACCUUCACCAUCCAUGGGCGCAGACCCCCAAACCCCCAUAGCUCGCUGCCGCUCGAAUCCCUACCCAGUCCCCAUCGGCCCUAGAUAUCUUUAGUAUCUGUCUCCUCUCCUUGUAUCGAUCUCCCUGAAUCCUGGCGAAUGGCGAAUGGAUGUCGAGAACAGCCCGAACUCAAUAUCGCCCAUACGGUUCAAUGAUAAUCCAAUACCCCAACACCCAUAACAUUCGCUCUCCAUUAAUCGGUGCAAUCACAUAGACUUCCAGCGAAAGAAGCUGAUUUGUUGCGAACAUAGCGUGAACGGCAUAUAACCGCUGCCUGCCAUUUGAAAUCAAAGAAAGGAGAACCAACGGAUUUCCUGCUUGUCCGUUCAUUUGCCUUCCCUCCCCCUUCUCGUGUUAGAACAUUACUACAAUUUCCAUAGGGUUUAGUCUCUCUCUUUACGGAUUGCCAAGUGCCAACGACUUCUAACCUUGUGCGUUUCAAUUCCGAAUCGCCUUCGCAAGUACUCGAGUACCCAAGUGCCCAAGUCAAACUCGCAUCUAUUGAUCCAUCGUAUGACGAACGCGUGGCAACCUCGCGCAGCCUUAAACGGGGGAGCAUCAGCACCAGUUCCAUAUAUACCCCAUCCUGCACCUAAUGCUGCUGGAAACGAAGAUACUGCAACUACAAGUCCAUCUUCCAAUAUGGGUUCCACUUGGUCAUUACUAAAGACUCUAAUAGUACCAGCGAUCAUUUCACUCAUUCUGUAUCUUCUAAUAUCGUUCGUUAUUGUCCCGCUGUGGAAGAGAUAUCGAGCGAGAGCUGGCCAAUACCUCCCCUUGGAUACCAUCUCAACCCGAACCACAAGUUUGCGACAACGAGUACAGGCCGCCGCUGUUAGAACAAUAUUUCCCAGUUCGUGGAGAGCGGAUUUCAAUCGAAAUCGAUUAAGUGCACAGGAUAGUAUUGAUUUUGAUGAUGACGAUGGAGAGGAGCUGUUUGAUGUGGAUGAUAAUCGACGAGAGGCAUUAUCGCUAGAUGCACGACGAGGCAGAGAUGAAGAUGGCAGACGAUUGAGUCGAGAUUUGGAAGAAGGGUUUAAGGACGAUAGCAGUGAUGAAGAGGAUGGAAUGGAUAGACGACUGAGUCGAACAAUUUCACGAUGAUAGGAUUCCGGAAGAUGGUUUGAUGAGUUUAUAUUGCUCUAUAGUUAAUGUCUAUUCUAUUGCUCGAGGAGAUUCUCGCA